UGAUCCACUACAACCAAAUUAAUUCAGAGGCUAAGGCUCGAACGAGUGUGGACACCUCCAGAUCCUGUAGGAGGUAAAUUUGCUAAAUAAUGUAAUUACUGUCAUUUUUGCUUUUCAAGAUGAAUGAAGACCUGGUGAAAGCAUUACCUCUGGAAAGGCUUGAAACCUGAAGAGAUGAGUUGAAAGUUAUGCACAUUCUAGUUUGCAACAACUAAUUUGAGAGAGAAAGAGAAAAUCAGUGUGCCUGAAUCCUCAUUGCCUUCUCUACUUUGGGUAUUACUGAGCACAUUAUUAUUAAUUUGAGAGAAUGGUUUGUUUCUUAACUUUAUUCUAGAAUUUAUUCCAUGCAGACAAAACAUAUUACAGAAAUACUCAUGGAAUGUUUUUAAUAGACAUUUUUCAGGCCAGAUGAGGAAGUGAUUUGAACCACUUUUUCUCAUAUAUGACUGUUUAGGGCAAUGCCUUUAGAUCUCUCAUCUGACUGUGAGUGUCCUAACUGCUUGGAGGGCACUCAGAACGAGUCUAAUUGGAACCCAUGUUCUAACAAGAGUGGUAAUGACUCUCUAUAUUCAAGACCAAGAAAGAAAUCCAUGUCUGCUUCCAGCAUGCAGUGCUUUACUUCUCAGUGUUGUUCUACCAGGCCAGAGAACAACAUCGGAGAAGACUCAGUGUUUCCUCCCUCAGAGGAGGAAAGCUAUGUUGAGUCUUUUCAAAACAAUCAUCUCAGUCUGAACCGUGAGGACAUUACAAGGAAAAUCAGACCAUUGAGAGAGCUGACUGUCCAGGAGUUACUGAAUGAAUUUGGGGAUAGUGGGAAGUUCCCACCAAACUCCAUGUCCGUGGGUCACUUUAGAGAUCAUGUGGUAAUGAAGUUCAGAAGAGCUCUGUAUUAUUCUGGAAUUUGGGUGACACAUGUCCAAGGCUACAGACUUGAAAAGCACUUGUCAGCUAAUUAUUUCAAAAGAAACCCUGGUCGCCUACACCGGCUAGUCCCUUGGCUGAAACGGGAACUAACAGCCGUUUAUGGAGAUUAUGGCUACACAGUGAAGAAUAUCCUAGCCGCCAUUCUCCACCACAUGACAGAAUGUGAUCUGGACAGUGAGCUCUUCGUUCACCUCUUAGAACCUUAUCUCCAACAACACACCCACCAUUUUCUGCAUGAAUUUAUCAGUUUUGUUCAUUCCCCUUACAACAUGGAGACCUAUGACCAACGAGCCAUCUAUCAAUGUCCUUCUGCUUCACCACGGGUAAAAAAGAUGUCCAUGGCCUCAGUUCCCGCUUCGCCUUUGCCUAAGGAUCAGGCUUUACUGGCAUCUCAACAUGAUACAAAGCAGCCUAAAAAACACCAGGGCCAAUGCAAUAAUGAGCAAAGGCCUCUGUCAGGCUUGAAACACUUUCCAAAUGGUAACUCUACCUUGAAGACAGCUGAAAUCCCGCUACACACUCAUAAAACAGCAAGUAAAAUCCAUGCUUGGAUCAAAGACAAACCAGAAUCAGGCGAUCACAAAGGCACAAUUUCUACUGAUAAUUUGCUCCUGAACUGGGUCACACCAAGGGAAAGCAGCCCAGGCUUACUGAAUUGCAAAAAAAAUGUUCAAGAGAAGAAGACAGACGGGACAAGGUUGCUUCCUGGUCGUGUCCAGGGUCUGGGAAAGAGAGAAACAACUGCACGCACCUUCAGUUCCCCAGCAAUUUUUAAUCAGGGACAGCCAGAGAAGCACAGUCUACGAGAAAGAAGGGGUUUGAGAGUUGGCCAGCAGAUCAAUUUCCAGAAAAAAGAAGCAGAAGAAAACAAAUAUUCAAGUUCUUCACCAACGAUCUUUCAGAGAAGACUGUCCAGAGAAAGAUCCUUGAUAAGUUGCAAAUCCAGAAAGAGGGACCCCUCUUACAGCUGCACCUCAGAAACUGCCUUUUCUUCUAAGAGAGAUGGUAGGAAAGUGGGCUCUUUCAGAAAAAAGAGGACAAAGUGCAGACAAUCCUCCCAAUUUGCAGAAGCUGGUUCACAUUACAGUAGAAGUAUCCAAAGACGAUCAAGGUUCAGUACUCACAGAUCUAAAUCCUGGUGUGUUGGAUUUACAAAGGGAACUGUAAGCAGAGAAUCAAGUAAUCUCUCUCUGAAAGGAAGCCUCAAAAGUGAAUGCCUCGCCCACAAUAUAUGCUGUGAGCCCUCCAAAGAAAAGAAUGUGCAUGGCUAUGAGUCAAACAAUGGGAGGGCAUCUUCAACUCAAUAUGUGAAGCUUCUUUCAACUGCUGGGAAGAGACCUUCUAAAAGAGAAGUUGCUUCCCAAGCUGGAAGCCACUGUGACAAUCUCACAUGCCUACAGACUGAGGAACACAAAUCCCCAGGUAAACAAGAGAUGAAGCAAAAAGCCACAUUUCCUACAGCUAGAAAAGCCAGAAGAGAUAGGCACAGAAAAAACAAAUGCCAGUGUCCAGAUGUACAAACCACAGAGGACGUCAGUGAUGAAGUGGGGGAUCUGAAUGGUCUAAGACAAAUGAGUAGUCUUUCUGAGUGUGUACCUUCUUGCAGGGGGCAAAUCCAAAAGAAAAAGCAGAAUUCAAGCCUUCAGAAACAUCACCAGGCCAAGAAUGAACAUAAAAGAGACAAAGUAUCAGAAACACAGAGGUGCAAAUUGUUUUGAAAGGCAAAUCGAUCUAUUCAACUAGCCACGAAGGAUCUUUGAAAGUAUGAAUAUAAUCUGAAAAAGAUUUUUAAAAAGAUUCAUCCCACCACUUUGUAACUGGAACUAAAAGCCUGAUGAUUAAAUUGAAGUCUGCCUUUGGAGACAAAUGCAUGUCAUUAAAUUGACCAUAUGUGUAAAUAUUAUUUCUGUCUUCU